AUGGACGCCCUCCAGCCCCUAAUACACAGACUGACGACAACACCACCCGCAACAUACUGUCAGACGUUCUUCCUCCUAGCAGCCGCAUCCGUCCUCUCCCUCCAACUACUUCCCAAUGAAGCCCGCAGCACACUCACGGACUACGGCGCCCGUCGACCACGGGGCUCCUCCGCCCCGACAAGCUCGAAGCUCGCAUCCAUGCUCGGCAAGCUGACGGCCAUGGGGCAGCUCCCACAUUCAUACUUCUGGCACUUCUAUCUGUUGUCCACGUGUCUAUCUGCCUUCUGGGCAUGGCAGUACCUUACUCAUGGAUCAGUAGUGUCCUUCAUUGCAGAAAGACAGGUUUCCCUGUCGGGAGAGCCGUCGGUAGAGUUGGACCGUGUGCUUCUCGCGUGGUUAAUGAUGGCGGCUCAGGGCGGAAGGAGACUGUUUGAGUGUUUCUGGGUGGUGAAGCCCGGCAGGACGCCCAUGUGGUGGGUGCAUUGGGUGUUGGGGUUGGGAUUUUACGGGCUCAUGGGUAUUUCUGUGUGGGUGGAAGGGUCCGGGGCGAUUCUUGAAUCAUGGCAAGCUCCCACGAAGGCUGUGGUCUUGACCUCAAGAGCACUGUUUACGUUGACCGUGUUCUUUGGUGCGUGGUUUGCGCAGUACAAGUGCCAUGGAUAUCUGGCCAGUUUAAAGAAGUAUACACUUCCGGACGAGGGAAUGUUCAAGUACAUCAUCUGCCCACACUACACGUCUGAGUGUGUCAUAUAUCUGGCGAUUUCGAUCAUGGCAGCACCACCUGGCCGCGCUUUCAAUGUGUCCGUCUUGUGUGGACUGGCUUUUGUCGUAGCCAAUCUUGGUUCUACAGCACACGGUACCAAGAAGUGGUAUGCUGGCAAGUUUGGAGCGGACACAGUGGCUAACAAGUGGAUGAUGAUGCCGGGUGUAUUCUAA